GUUUGAUCCAUGUACGUCAUCAGCACGCUGUGUUGUGAAUUUCCCAGACGGAUUGCAUUGCUGUGUGUACACAUUGUAGAUUUCUUUCCCGCCACGCACGCAGGGCCACGCAGGACACCGCCUUUUACUACGCCGUUUCCCGGACCCGUCGUCUUUACUGUACGGAACGUCGAUAUCCACAAAGCAUCGAUGACCGACCUACGGAAAGCGUCCUCAACAAUUCAAACGGAGCCUCUUUCGUUGAAGAUCAAGAAAGAGCCAGAAGAUCCAGAACUGAGCCCUAACAAUGGCCUGCACCUGAGUGACAUGGAGUUGGUUCAGCUCACUGUUAGGGAGUUGAAUCGGCGGUUGCGCGGGCUCUCUAAGGAGGAGAUCAUGCGGCUGAAGCAGCGGCGACGGACUCUGAAAAACCGCGGGUACGCCGCCAGCUGCCGCACCAAGCGGCUCACGCAGAAGGAGGAGCUGGAGCGGCAGCAGCACGUGCUCAAGUCCGAGGUCGACAAGCUGACGCGGGAAAACACGGAAAUGAGAAUUGAGCUCCAAGCCAUGAGAACAAAGUACGAGGCCCUCCAGAACUUUGCCACGACGCUCCAGAAGAGCAACGGGAACAUCCAGGCGGCCGUCGCGCUCCUCCACUCAAACCACCGCGACAUGGAGGUCGACAUCAGAGAGCAAGAACAUCCCAGCGACUUGCGUAUCAAACAGGACAGAGAUUAAGCUGUAGUCAAUGAAUAAUGCUAUGUACAUAGACUGAGUGAUAUUCAGCCAAAUAUCUAUCCCUCUAAUGCAAUGAUGCCAAUAACUUACUAAGAAAAUAUAAUUCGAAGAGAGUUUAUUUCACAUUAGCGAAUGUUUAUGAUAUGUAAUAUAUAUCUAUAUCUUUAUCAUAUACCUUACUUUUGUACAAAUGAAUUUUGAGAGGAGAUGCUAGAGUUAUGUUAUAAUAAGCUGCGUACUUCACUGCCUCUCGAGUGCGUACUUGUAGUAUUUAUUUUUGCCUGUGUUCUUGUUGUUUUCUGUGGUAGACUAUGGUUUCAUACUGUAGUAGGUUUGGUGUUGGACAAGUGUAACUUAACCCACAUCUUCCAUUAGGGCACAGGAGAUAGGAGUAUAGCUAAGCGUGUAAACAUGAUAGAAGUCUCGAAAGCACCCAAGAAUUGAAGUGAAUAAUCCAUGUAAUGGAGUAUCCAUCCACUUAAUAUAGCCAUGUUUGGUCAAAUUUUAGAGGUACAUGUACAUGUACAGCAAUCUGUUAUUACCUCUGCGAGUAGUUUGUUUUUGUUCAUGUCAUUUUCUGACCACCUGCAUUUCUGUCAUUCACAUUUCAACUGGUCCUGUUUCACAGUGUUUGUGUUUAGGAAGUUCCUUUUUGACUGAAUGUAACAACAUGGUUGUAAGGUGACGGGGUGGGAGGGGGGCAGAAUAUCCUUUUGCCCACCCACCCCCUUCCCCAAGGGGUAAUGUGUAGUUGGUGAACUAGCAUAGCUAUUACACCUUGAAUGUUUGAGUCAACUUUUGAGAAUUAGUUUCAUGCAAAGAUGUCAAACUUUUUCUUUUGUUUUUCUGUUUCUUAAUCGUUGAGGCUUUAGCACGGUGUUAUUCCACAAAGAUGUUGUCAACAACAAAGCCUCAUUUCCUUUGCUGCACAUUAAUGUGAUUCUUUGCUUUUAAAUUGUUAAGAGAGUAUUGUUUCCUCUUAAUUUUCUAAAUAAGAAUUUUGAUUGAACAUAUUUUAUUGUUUGUAUUGUGAAACCUACCUACCUACCUACCUACAGUGCAAGUUAAGAAAUGAACAUGACAACAUUUUAAAUAGUUCUGAAAUGUGUGUUUCGUCCAAGAUUUUUUAGUGCCAUGUUUGGUAAUAUGUCUAGGUAGGACAUGCUUUAGCAGAAAAUGGGAGAUUUAUAUACAGAAUAAUGAUAGUCAUGUCUGGCGUAAUCAUGUUGGUAAGUUUCUUUUUUCAUUCAUCCACCUGAAAAUAUUACAAUUUCAGAAAAAGAAUGCCAUACUUCUCAACUACAGUUUAUUUUUCUUUCAUAAUCAUAUCUUCAACAUCCUUCAUAUUUUUGCAAAAUCAUAAACCAUGACAUUGAUGGUUAGAGGGAGAAAUCAUAUUUUUUGCCUCAUUGUUCUGAGCCUUUUCUUUGAAAAAUUUAUAGAUGCGGCUUGAUAUACAGUAGUCAGUUCUACAUGUACAUGUAUGUACUUCACACGACAACUGGAAACAAUUCUCUAGAAGAUAACAGUAGAUUCAGGCUAUGUUGACAUGCUUUACUUUUGGCAUUGCUCACAAUGCUUGCACUUGUGCAAAGGCACAGUAACGUACUAGUUCUACACUCAGCUCCAAUAGCAGAUUUUGUAGAUAGCAUCACAAGUGCCUUCCUCACAUCGCACAAUGUCAUGUACACAGUUCUUGCAAAACGGCCACCUAUAUGUACCAUUAAUAUUAAAAAUCAUGAUACAGAAAAAAUGCUGGUCAGGGCAGGUUGUUACCACCCCCUUGAAUAAUGGUGUGUUCCACUGGUUUCAAAUUAAGCAUAGUUGGGACACACCAUAUUUCUAGAAAAGGGGGACUGGCCUAUGCUUGUUUUCAUAUGGCAGUGCUGCAUUUGUAAAAAUGAUAUUGUGCUGCCCUCUCUAGAUCUGGUAGACAUGUAAUUCAAGGUGUGUGUAAAUAGAAAUCAGCUUCCACAGAAAUCUUUAUUUCCAUUUUUGAUACGGAUUAGGUAAAUAACAUUUCAAGUUUCACGCAUUUUUGCUCUGGAUUUUAGCCAUUAAAAACUUUCCGCACAGAACUGUAGAGAGAGCUGGGCACUAGAAUUAUAAUAUUUGGCUUUACAGAGAUGUGUGUGUGUAAUACAGAAGUCCACAUGUAUUCACAUGGUCCUACACCUCUUGUGUCUUUCAGUCCUGUACUAAGUACAGAGCCUAUGUGUGGGAAACUUUGCAACAGCUAAAUGCAAGUGUUGUAGAUAUAUACAUAUAAUAAGAAGGUAAGGCAGAUAGAAUCUUUGCCUUACGACCUCAGUGUGUUACGUCGACAUGUCUACAAUAAACUUAA